AUGAUCCUCUAUCUGACGUUCUGGUUUUCAGGCAAGCGUCGCGCUCAAGUAAUGGCGUGCGUCCUGUUGGCAGGUCCAGUAUCGAACGUCAUCGGUGGACCAUUGUCGACCUGGAUCAUGGGGGCUUUCGCCGACCUUCAUGGUUUGGCGGGAUGGCAGUGGAUGUUCAUUCUUGAAGGGGCGCCUUGCAUUCUUUUGGGUAUAACGGCGUUUUUCUUUUUGAGUGACUCACCGGACCAGGCCAAAUGGCUGAGUGGAGAAGAAAAACGGUUGCUGGCGAAUGAUCUAGAGCAAGUACAGGCGUCAAAGCAACAUACUUUCGCUGCAGCUUUGAAGGAUUGGCGAAUUUACCUGAUGGCCCUCAUUUACUUCUGUCUGAUCUGCGGUCUGUAUACCGUCAGUUUCUGGUUGCCGAGCAUACUGCGGGACGCUGGCGUAAAGGAUAUUUUCGAAAUCGGCCUCUAUUCAAUGAUCCCUUACAGCGUCGCCAUUCUCGCGAUGCUGAUCAAUGCUCGGAGUUCCGAUCGCUUGGGCGAACGCCGUUGGCAUGGCGCUGUGCCCGCCUUUCUGGGGCGG